GCACAUUGUAUUUUAUCUAUUUUCUUGCUUUGUUUAUUAUCAUUUGUUUAUGCGUUAUUUCUGAAUCGUUUGGAAAAACUUUGGGAGAAGGGAUGAGAGUGUGAAAAAAUUUAGAAGAAUGAGUACUAACCCGACUGACGACCACAAGUUUGUUUCACCAGUGGCUAGACCUACUUCGCCACCGAAAACGGAUGAAUCGUUCGAAAAGCAAGCUGCAGACGCUAAAGCUGUCGCUGCUGCAAAGAAAGAGACGCCAAUCGCUGUGCGUACUCGUCGUCACUUCCAACAAGAACUACAUAUGAGCUCACCAUCUGAUGCACAGUUGUCUCCAUGUACGACUAAACUGUUUGGAAAAGGAGGGAAGAAGAUGACGAGUGGACCGACGGCGAUCCUCAGAAGUAAGCAACAAAAUGCGAUUCCAUUCAACUUGAAUGAAUAGAUCACUGAAAUGUAACUUUUCUUUCUGCCCAAUGUAGAUGCUGUCUAUAAUCGCUUAUCCCUGUACUUGUCAUCGUGACCUUUUGUGAUAUCACUAAAUUCAUUUCCUUGACGUAUCUUUUUUUACUUAUAAAAAACUACUUACAUUUGAUUGUCGUAACAGAUUCUUGUAUUUUUGUAAUGUUCAAUCUUUUUCCAAAUAAAACUAUAG